CGCGCGCUGGAGUACUGAACCCGAAGGAGAGUCUCCACAGCGGCGGAGAACGGACCGAGAAGCGGAAAACAUCUGGAGCUCGAGCAUGGCGGUCGAAGAGGAAGGGCUUCGGGUUUUCCAGAGCGUCAAAAUAAAAAUCGGUGAAGCCAAGAACAUCCCUCCAUAUCCGGGACCCAAUAAAAUGCGGGAUUGCUACUGUACUGUAAACCUGGACCAAGAGGAAGUGUUCCGAACCAAAACCAUAGAGAAGUCUUUAUGUCCAUUCUACGGCGAGGACUUUUACUGUGAAAUCCCGCGCAGUUUCCGCCACCUGUCCUUCUACAUCUUCGACAGAGACGUGUUCAGGAGGGACUCCAGCAUCGGUAAAGUGGCUGUGAAGAAGGAAGACCUGCAGAAAUACCACGGUAAAGAUCACUGGUUCCCACUGCAGCCGGUCUGUGCAGACUCAGAGGUGCAGGGGAAGGUUCACCUGGAGCUGCGUCUCAGUGAGCUCAUCACAGACAGCGGUGUCGUCUGCCACAAGCUGGCAACACGGGUUUUGGAGUGUCAGGAUCUGCCGAUAGUCAACGGUCAGUGUGAUCCGUACGCAGUCGUGUCAUUACUGGGCCCUUCCAGGUCUGAGGCCAAGAAGACGAAGGUGAAGCGGAAGAACAACAAUCCUCAGUUCGACGAGAUUUUCUUCUUCGAGGUGACGAAACCUCUGAGCUUCACUAAACGACAAUUCGACGUGGAGGAAGAUGAUGUGGACAAGCUUGCGCUCAAGGUGGACCUGUGGAACGCCAGUAACCUGAAGUUUGGCGAUGAGUUUCUGGGAGAGGUACGGGUGCCGCUGAAGGUGCUGGGACAGGCGGGUGUUCACGACGCAUGGUACUUCCUACAGCCCAGAGAUAACGGCAAUAAAUCAGUGAAGGCGGAUGAGCUGGGCUCGCUGAGACUCAACAUCGUUUACACUGAGGACCACGUGUUCCCGACGGAGCAUUAUAACCCGCUGCGAGACCUGCUGCUGCAGUCCGCACACAUACAGCCGGUGUCUGCGUCUGCGGCUCAUAUUCUGGGUGAGGUGUGUCGGGAGAAGCAGGAGGCGGCCGUCCCGCUGGUCAGACUCUUCCUGCACUAUGGCAAGAUCGUGCCUUUCCUCAGUGCCAUCGCUCACGCAGAGAUCAGCCGCACACAAGACCCCAACACCAUAUUCAGAGGGAACUCGCUCACGUCCAAGUGCAUCGAUGAGACCAUGAAGCUGGCGGGGAUGCAUUACCUGCGCGUCACACUGAAGCCCAUCAUCGAUGAGAUCUGCAGCGACCACAAACCCUGCGAGAUCGACCCCGUCAAGCUGAAGGAGUCGGAGAAUCUGGACACAAACAGGGAAAACCUGCGUCAGUACGUGGACCGCAUCUUCAGCGUGAUCACUAGCUCCGGCGUCAGCUGCCCGACCGUCAUGUGCGACAUCUUCUUCUCUCUGCGCGAGUCUGCGGCCUCACGCUUUCAGGUCGAUGCGGAUGUUCGCUACACCGCCGUCAGCAGCUUCAUCUUCCUACGCUUCUUUGCUCCUGCAAUCCUGUCGCCGAACCUGUUCCACCUGCGGCCGCAUCACCCGGAUCCGUGCACAUCUCGAACCCUGACGCUCAUUUCCAAAACCAUACAGACUCUGGGGAGUCUGGCCAAGUCCAAAUCUGCCAAUUUUAAAGAGUCCUACAUGGCGGCUUUCUAUGACUACUUCAAUGAGCAGAAGUACGCAGACGCAGUGAAGAACUUUCUGGAUCUGAUCUCGUCGUCUGCUCGCUGGGACCAGAAGAGCAUCGAGACACCCAUCAUGCUGAAGGAAGGAUUCAUGAUCAAACGAGCCCAGGGACGGAACCGCUUCGGUCUGAAGAACUUCAAGAAAAGAUGGUUUCGCCUCACUAACCACGAGUUCACCUACCAUAAAACCAAAGGAGAGGGCGCUCUGUGCAGUAUCCCUAUAGAGAACAUCCUGGCUGUAGAGAGACUGGAGGAAGAGUCCUUCAAGAUGAAGAAUAUGUUCCAGGUCAUCCAGCCAGAGAGGGCGCUCUACAUUCAGGCUAAUAACUGUGUGGAGGCCCGAGACUGGAUCGACAUCCUGACGAAGGUCAGUCAGUGCAACCGCAAGCGCCUGAGCACCUUCCACCCGUCUGCGUUCCUCAACGGACACUGGCUCUGCUGUAAACUCUCUGCAGACACUGCGCCCGGCUGCACACCCUGCACAGGUGGACUUCCUGCCAAUAUUCAGCUGGAUGUGGAUGGAGAUCGAGAGACGGAGAGGAUCUACUCGCUCUACAGCACAUACAUGUCCAAACUGGUGAAGAUGCAAGAGGCCUGUGGCAGUAAGUCUGUGUACGACGGGCCGGAGCAGGAGGAAUACUCCACGUUUGUGAUCGACGACCCGCAGGAGACCUAUAAAACCCUGAGACUCGUGAUCUCCGCCGUGCAGACACUGGAGCAGCAGCACACGCAGUACAAACGAGACAAGUUCAGGAAAACCAAGUAUGGCAGCCAAGAACAUCCAAUCGGUGAUCAGAGUUUCCAGUGCUACAUCCGCCAGCAGUCAGAAAGCUCCACCUACUCCAUCUGACCACACCCCCAUCCAUCUGCACAGGAAAUGAGGUGUGAUUGACAGGAAGUGUCCGCUGACUCGAGCUAAAGCUGUGGUGUCUGAUGCUGCAGCCGGGCGGCGGCGGUCUCGCACUUUACACAUCGCACGCUCUGGGACGAUGUAGCUUCGCCCCGCGGCGCAUUUUAGCAUUUUAUGAACGGGUCGUCCUCUAGAUGUUUUAUAAACGGAGUUCUCCAGGACGUAUCCCACAAUCCUUUGCUUUCACAGGGUUUAUUAUUGACUGGAUGACGGACCUGCAGCUGAAUUUGAGUCUUUAUAUCAGGAAUGUUCAGACGUGUCCGGUGUUGAUCCUGCAGUCUGUCGCCAGGGAGACUGAAGAAGAGGUGCAUUGUGGGAACUGUGUGUGUGUGUGUGUUGGAGCAUGCAGACGUCCUCAUGCCAGCGUGUGGAGCGACACUAAACACUUCCUCAUGGUUUGUGGGUCCAGUUGUGUUCAGCAGCACACCAGCGUCUGCUUUUAUACUUCACAGAUUACUGUUCUGCUUACUGUGUGUGUGUGUGAGUGUGUGUGCGUGUUUCUGUGCAUGUGUGAGCGUGUGUGUGUACAUUUAUGAAUGUGUGUGUGUGUGAGCGUGUGUGUUUGUUUCUCUGCAUGUAUGUGUGAGUUCAUGUGUGUGUUUGUUUGUGCGUGUGCGUGCAUGUGUGAGUGUGUUUCAUUGAUUAAUAAUCAAUAAUAGCUCACAGUCCAUCCCAUCCUACUUUAUAGAUGUGUUCAAUAUGGAUGUGUUUCUUUGGAUCAGACCUGUUUCCAAUAUUCCCGCUCAUAUUUCACCCUCAGAUCAACAGAAUAUUCAUAUUUAUAUUCACAGAUACAGAAGGAUAUAUAUUCAGAUUACAGUGCUGCUGAAUGCUGGAUUCUGAUUGGCUGGUGUUUGGUUAUUGUCAGAUAAAGGCCCAGCUAAAGUAGUUCCGGCAGGUUUAGAGCACAUUACAGCUUCAUAUCACUCCACUGGAUGAUUAGAAUUAUUUCGCCACAGUGAAAUGAACCGCCAACUUAUCUGGCAUAUGUUUUACACAGCGGAUGCCCUUCCAGCUGCAACCCAGUACUGGGAAACACCCAUACACACUCAUUCACACUAGUCAAUUUAGUUGAUCAGUUCCCCUAUAGCGCAUGUGUUUGGACUGUGAGGGAAACCGGAGCACCCGAGGAAACCAACACGGGGAGAACAUGCAAACUGACCCAGCCGGGACUUGAACCAGCGACCUUCUUGCCGUGAGGCCACAGUGCUAACCACUGAGCCACCAGUGCUGCCACUUAAUUACUUUUACAGUCAUUUUAAUAGACACUGCAGCUGUAUUUCCUUCAUCUCUUGAUUUAGGGUGAACUAUGAGCCGGAGCUUCACUCUUCUGUCGUCGUGUAUCCUCAUGUUAGUUUGGUGUGUCUGUACGUUCAGUGAUGCACGUUUCAAUGCUUCUAUAUUUUAAAAACAGCCCCGUUUUCCUGCCCAAAUGAAUUGUUAUUUAUUUUUGUAUCACAGAAUAAUGCUUUGUGACGAAACACAACCUCAGAAUAAUCCCAGUGCACAGUAUGAAGGACGCAAUAAUGUCAUGUAGGAGUACUUGUCCUGUUUUUGAUCCGUUCAGUAACUGAAGGAACUUUGAUCACAGAACCUUAAGAAGGGACAGCAGUGUGUGUGUGAGUGUGUGUGUGUGUGUGUGUGUGUGUGUUCAGACCAACUCAGUGAAUGAAACACACUCAGAGCACAUGUUUAUUUUGUCCAAAUGAAGGCAAUAGCAAAACAAAA